AAGUGCUAAAUUCAAAAAUUAUGUAAAAAUAUAGGCGGAACCCUUUGACAUUUGAUUCGACGAUGACAGCGAUGUUUUGACGAAUCGUUUCCAUGUGGUUACGGUCGACUGACACGAAAUGUCCGAAGUCUUAUUGAUUUUCCAUGGUUAUCGACUGAAAACGAGAAAGAGAGAAUGGAGGCGGAAGACGAACAGCUGGUCGACCGCCCCCCCGCCCGAACCACCAAGUACAUAUAUUUGGUUACGGUCCUCUCCGCCGUCGGCGGUUUCUUGUUUGGUUACGACACUGGCGUCAUUUCUGGUGCUAUGCUUUUUUUGAAGGAGGAAUUCCAAUUGGAACACACGUGGCAAGAGAUAGUAGUCAGCAGCACCAUUGCGGCGGCUUGGAUCUUCUCCAUCCUGGCCGGUUUCCUCACCUCCGGGAUCGGCCGGAAGCCCGUCAUACUGGUGGCCAGCUUCGUCUUCACCGGAGGCGCCGUGAUGAUGGGAGUGAGUCGGAGUAAAUACGUGCUUCUCGGAGGGAGGAUCGUGGUGGGAAUCGGAAUAGGUCUUGCUUCGAUGACCGUUCCAAUGUAUAUAGGAGAAGUGGCCCCGUUGGAAAUUCGUGGAAAAUUAAUUACCGUCAAUAACUGUUUUAUUACUGGUGGUCAGUUUGCUGCCAGCCUCAUCGAUGGUUUCUUUAGUAAAGAUAAAAUCAAUGGAUGGAGGUAUAUGUUAGGAAUUGCGGGAAUUCCAUCAUUUAUUCAGUUUUUUGGCUUUCUCUGUAUGCCAGAGUCACCAAGAUGGUUGAUAAGCAAAGGUUAUUAUGAAAAAGCAAUUUCCGUUUUAAAACAAGUCAGAGGUUCCAAGGUUAACAUACAGCCAGAAUUUGAUGCAAUAAAAAAUAAUUUUCUUGAAACUGAACAGGAAAGAAAAGAAGCUGGAGGCUCGUCAUCUAUACUUAUGCAAGUACUUCGACACACAGCUCUACGAAGAGCACUGCUGGUGGGUUGCAGUCUGCAGAUGUUCCAGCAGAUUGCAGGGAUUAAUACAGUAAUGUAUUACAGUGCAACAAUAAUUCAGAUGGCAGGUUACAACGAUCCUUCCCAGGCCAUCUGGCUGGCCUCUGCCACGGCAUCCGUGAAUUUUGUCUGCACAUUCAUUGGUCUGUUGCUUGUCGAGAAGUGGGGAAGAAGGUUGCUUACGCUUGGAAGCUUGGCAGGUGUCAUCUUUAGCCUUCUCUUGUUGGCUAUUGGAUUCCACAUAACAGCUGCAAAGAGUCCAAGAAUAUUCAAUCACAACAUUUACGACACUAACGUUCAAUGUUUCAAUGCCACAACCUGCAAUGAAUGCACUCUGUUGAAGGAAUGUGGUUAUUGCUUUCCGUCUUCGGAUUUUACCAAUGGCACCUGUCUUCGAGUGAACGAAAACAAGACGGACAGCUCGUAUGUGGGAAGUUGCUCCAACCACACCAAGGAAGACGUUUGGGCCUACGAUUGGUGUCCCUCUAAUUAUUCUUGGUUGAUGCUCUUGGGCUUAUUCCUCUAUUUGUUUUUCUUUGCUCCGGGCAUGGGUCCAAUGCCUUGGACCAUAAAUUCCGAAAUCUACCCGCUGUGGGCCAGAAGCACUUGUUAUGCAUUGGCCACUUCGGUGAACUGGAUGUUUAAUUUGUUGGUGUCCAUGACGUUUCUCACUCUCACCCAAGCCAUCACAAAAUAUGGCACCUUUUAUCUGUACGUGGGAUUUGCAGUCGUGGGUUGGGUGGUAUUCUUCCUCUUUCUUCCGGAAACAAAGGGGAAGACUCUAGAAGAAGUGGAAAGUCUGUUUUCCUGUUCCCUCUGGGAAGAUGGCACCACGCGCAACGAGGAGAAGAUGGUCCAGUACGUGCACAUUCGCGGAAUAAGUCGCUCACGGACCUACGAAGACCAGGAUUCGGGGGAAGACAAUUAAGUCGCGCCGGCAAUCUAUUGUCGGAAUCGUUCAGAAGAAAGUUUACCUGUGCUGUAUAUAUACUUUAUGCAGAGAUAUAAUUAUUUAUAAAACAGUUAUUAUAACCCUGUUGAAAUUUUAAAGUUGUGACCAUGCUGUCUAUAAUAAAAUUAAAUUAUGAAUUGUUAGCAAAGCCUCUUUCCUAAUUAUAUCUGCUUAAGAAAUUAUUUUAUCACCAGGAUAUCAAUUCAGACAAUAACAUGAGCAAUUAUAUAAAUUUACUAUUAAAUCAUAAACAUCAAUUGCAGCAAAAUAUGUUUUAUAAUCUUGCAUUCUAAUAGAAGAAAAUCUGCAUGAACAAUAGAGACUUGUUAAAAGUUUUUAAAGUUUGAAUAAAAAACAUGUUAUUUCCUCUACAAAACUAAAUUAAUAAGUGAAUCUGUUAAUAAGAUGGAUGUGUUCCUACAUCUUAGUUUAAGCACCAAUCUGUUAUUAAUUUCAUUUUAAGCUAUAAUUGAAUUAAGAAUAUAUAUUUAUUGCACCUAAGAAAUCCUAAAUAAAAACAAAUUAAAAGAGUCUUGACAUAGCUUUAUUUUUGUGACAAUUUCUGGUCUGCUUCAUAUAAGUUUUUAAGUAACAAAACAAGCAAUGUUAUAUAACAUUUAGAAGUUUUAAACUCAAAAUUAUGGAACAAAGACAAUAUGUGGCUCAUAAUGGAGAGAAUAGACCUUAAAAGAUUACUUAUAUCAAUUGCUCUGCACUCUCAAUUGCAAAACGAAUUUGACAUCUAAAAGUCCCAAAUUUAUCCCUUCCUUCCUCAUACAUACGACAUUUCAAACUCGAAGUCACACACAAAUUUACGAAAUUAACAAUACCAUAAUAAGAUUGAAAUUGUUCACAAUCGGUUCCAACGGACAUUUACUACAAGACUGUUUAUGAGAAAUUGACAGAUCUUAAUGCUUUAAUUGCCAAUUAGUCCCAGUCUGAUUCUUGUGACGUUGCCA